CCUCCUGGACCAAGGCGAAGUAGAUGGCCAUUUAUCGGUAACGCGCUUGACAUGCUUUGUAUGGAGAAAGGAAUAAAACCGUGGAUCGUAUUUGACAGAUGGGCGAAGGAGUAUGGCGACAUCAUGUCUGUCGAGGUGUUUGGGCAACCCAUGAUCAUCCUGAGCUCACCGGAGGCGGUGACAGAUUUGUUCGAGAAACGUUCGACUCUUUACUCCGGAAGAAUGCGUCAAGUGAUGAUGGUUGAACUGAUGGACAUGGGAUGGCAGAUUACUCAGCUGCCGUACGGCGAAGCUUGGCGUAUCCGGCGCAAAGUCUUUCACCAACACUUUGGGCCAGAGGCAAUGAAGAUCUACCGAGGUUUUCAGAUAUAUGUCGGUGCAGCAAUCAUGAAGAUCAUGUACGGCCUGGAGGUUACGGAUCCCAACCACCCAUUCUUGGUGCUUGGAGAGAAGCAAGUCGAAAUGUUUUCGCGAGCAGCCAUGCCCGGCACUUUUCUGUGUGAAAAUAUUCCCGCCCUCAAGUACGUACCGAGUUGGGUUCCGGGUGCCACUUUCAAACGCCAAGCUGCAUUUUGGAGUCGCUGUGACAAGCAACUUCGAGACGAACCGUUUCAAAUUGUC